GGGGAUUUGUCUUCUGUCCGCCAUACUUGCGGCUCUUUGCAGAAGGGCACGGAGAGGCCGAAACAAGGCUGCCCAGUGGAGCAACACCUCGGCACUUUCGUCCUUCAAACAUGCUGUCCAGGCUCGUUUUUGUUUCAGCCAGUGCCCUAAAAGGCAGUGGCCCCCUUGGAGCUGGCCUGGUCCAGGCGUCUCGCUCCCUGCACACAUCUUCGCAGAGUUUGGCCCCAGUGCCCCCUCUGCCAGAGAAGGGAGGCAAAGUCCGCCAUGGCAUCUUUCCAGAGGAGCUCUUCCAGCUUCUGUACCCCAAAACUGGAGUCACAGGACCUUACAUGCUGGGCGCUGGUCUCAUCCUCUACAUGCUUUCCAAGGAAAUCUACGUCAUCAACCAUGAGACCUUCGCUGCCGCCUCCAUAGGCGGUGUCAUCAUCUACGGUGUCAAGAAAUUUGGUCCAAGUGUUGCAGCUUUUGCUGACAAACUGAACGAGGAAAAAGUGGCCAAGGCUCAGGAGGUGAAGGACCUCGCCAUGACCAGCCUGGCUCAGGCCAUUGAGGAUGAGAAGAAGGAGCAGUGGAGGGUAGAGGGAAGAUCAUCACUCUUUGAUGCUAAGAGGAACAAUGUGGCCAUGCUGCUGGAGAUCAACUACAGAGAGAGGCUACACAUGGUGACAAAUGAGGUGAAGAGGCGCUUGGACUACCAGAUUGCCCUGCAGGACCUCCACCGCCGAAUGGAGCAGGAGCACAUGGUCAACUGGGUGGAGAAGAGCGUCAUCGGCAGUCUCACUCCUCAGCAGGAGAAGGAGAGCAUCGCCAAGUGCAUCUCGGACCUGAAGGCUCUGUCCAAGGCCACUCAGGCCAAGGCUACAGUCUAAACUGUCAAGUCUUCAGAGAAGACUGCUCUAAUCCCCCAACUUAUUGUCCCAAGACGAGACGUUCACUUUUCUUUACAGAAUAAACUAUUUCCUCUUUAAAGAUUGUCUCUGUCAAUAUUGUGGGUGUGUACAGUAUUUACACGUCAGCUGAUGGUAAAAUAAAUGGUUCUCUUAUUCAACUUCA